AUGAACCCUCGAAGAGAAGAAUCACGGGACCGGGCCAUCGUCAAAAUAGCAGCUCAUUUACCAGACCUCAUUGUCUAUGGAGAAUUCUCUCCAGAGCGACCCUCUGUGGAUUAUUUUGAUGGAGUCUUGAUGUUUGUUGACAUUUCAGGUUUUACUGCAAUGACUGAGAAGUUCAGCACAGCCAUGUACAUGGACCGAGGGGCUGAGCAGCUGGUGGAGAUCCUCAACCACUACAUAAGUGCAAUAGUGGAGAAAGUGUUGAUUUUUGGAGGAGACAUCUUAAAAUUUGCAGGUGAUGCGCUGCUAGCCCUGUGGAAGGUGGAACGGAGGCAACUGAAAAACAUCAUCACCGUGGUAAUUAAAUGUAGCCUGGAGAUUCAUGGAUUGUUUGAGACCCAGGAGUCUGAAGAAGGCCUGGAUAUCCGAGUCAAGAUAGGACUGGCUGCCGGCCACAUCACCAUGUUAGUUUUUGGAGAUGAAACUCGCAACUACUUUUUAGUGAUUGGUCAGGCGGUGGAUGACGUGCGCCGCGCACAGAACAUGGCUCAGAUGAAUGACGUCAUUCUCUCGCCUAACUGCUGGCAGCUCUGUGACCGCAGCAUGAUUGAAAUCGAGAGGAUUCCGGAUCAGAGGGCAGUUAAGGUUAAUUUCUUAAAACCACCCCCUACUUUUAACUUUGAUGAAUUUUUCACAAAGUGUAUGUCUUUCAUGGAUUAUUAUCCUUCUGGUGACCAUAAAAACCUCCUGAGGCUGGCUUGCAUUCUGGAGUCCGAUCCUGAACUGGAGCUGUCCUUGCAAAAGUAUGUAAUGGAAAGCAUAUUGAAGCAGAUUGAUGACAAACAGCUUCGGGGUUAUUUGUCUGAGCUUCGCCCAGUGACAAUCGUGUUUGUGAACCUGAUGUUUAAGGACCAAGACAAAGCAGAAGUCAUAGGUUCAGCCAUUCAGGAUGCCUGCGUGCACAUCAAUUCUGUCCUGAGGGUCUUCCGAGGCCAAAUCAACAAAGUCUUCAUGUUUGACAAGGGCUGCUCCUUUCUCUGUGUCUUUGGUUUCCCUGGGGAAAAGGCACCUGAUGAGGUCACUCAUGCCUUGGAAAGUGCUGUGGAUAUAUUUGACUUCUGCUCUCAGGUUCACAAAAUCCACACCGUUUCCAUCGGCGUGGCCAGCGGGAUUGUCUUCUGUGGAAUCGUUGGACACUCUGUGAGGCAUGAGUACACAGUCAUUGGUCAGAAAGUCAACAUAGCUGCCAGAAUGAUGAUGUACUACCCAGGAAUUGUGACUUGUGACUCCGUCACCUACAAUGGCAGCAACCUACCAGCCUACUUUUUUAAAGAGCUUCCAAAGAAAGUUAUGAAAGGUGUUGCAGAUUCUGGACCAGUAUAUCAGUGUUUGGGCCUUAAUGAGAAAGUCAUGUUUGGGAUGGCAUACCUCAUCUGCAACAGAAAUGAGGGUUACCCUUUGCUGGGACGUGAUAAGGAGAUCAAAUACUUCAUGUGUACUAUGAAGGAAUAUUUGAUGUCUAACUGCAGCCGAGUCCUGAUGUAUGAAGGAUUACCGGGAUAUGGAAAAAGCCAGAUACUUGUGGAAAUUGAGUACCUGGCCCAAGGUGAGAACCACAGGACUAUUGCUAUUGCAUUGACUAAGAUCAGCUUCCAUCAAAAUUUUUAUACCAUCCAGAUACUCAUGGCUAAUGUACUAGGUCUGGAUACUUGCAAACAUUAUAAAGAACGACAGACCAACCUUCAAAAUAAAGUCAAGUCACUGUUGGAUGAAAAGUUCCAUUGUCUUCUUAAUGACAUUUUCCAUGUGCAGUUUCCUAUUUCACGGGAGGUUUCCAAGAUGAGCACCACGAGAAAGCAAAAGCACUUGGAAACAUUGUUUAUGAAGAUCUUGGAGCAAACAGUGAAAGAGGAAAGGAUUAUUUUCAUCAUCGAUGAAGGCCAGUUUAUUGAUUCCGCCUCCUGGACCUUUAUGGAGAAACUUAUCCGGUCUGUUCCCAUCUUCAUCAUCAUGUCCCUGUCUCCCUUCAUGCCCUGUGCAGCUGCCAGCGCCAUAAUGAAGAACAGGAACACCACCUACAUCACCCUUGGAGCCAUGCAGCCUAAGGACAUCCGCAACAAGGUCUGCCUAGACCUCAGUGUCACAGGGAUCCCCAAAGAACUGGAUAUUUACCUGGCAGAGGGAAGCUGUGGGAUUCCACUUUACUGUGAAGAAUUGCUUAAAAACCUGGACCAUCACAGGGUACUCGUUUUCCAAACAAUGGAGUCUGAGGAAAAGACAAAUGUGACCUGGAAUAACCUGUUCAAGAAUUUUGCCAAGCCAACAGAAGACUUAAAAAUAUUUACUUUAGGUUUUGAGGAAGGAAAUGGAGAAGUCUGUAACCUCGCUAGUGGUGUCAGAUUGAAAAACUUGUCACCACCAGCAUCAUUAAAAGAAAUCUCUCUGGUCCAGCUGGAUAGCAUGAGCCUGUCCCACCAGAUGUUGGUGAGAUGUGCUGCCAUCACUGGCCUGACCUUCACGACAGAGCUGUUGUUUGAGAUUCUCCCUUGUUGGAACAUGAAGAUGAUGAUCAAUGCCCUGGCAACCUUAGUGGAAUCCAAGGUCUUUGGUUGUUUCCGGAAUGGAAAAGAGCUCAGGUUGGCCCUGAAACAGAAUACGGCCUCUUUCGAGGUCAAUUAUCGCUCCCUCUCUCUAAAGCCCACUGAAGGAAUGGCCCGAGGCGAGGAGGAGGAUCACCGUGAGCUGGAAAGCCAGGUGAUUGAGUACCACAUCAUUCGAUUCUGCAAGCCAAUGAUGCAGAAAACAGCUUAUGAGCUGUGGCUGAAGGACCAGAAGAAAGCCAUGCACCUGAAAUGUGCCCGCUUUCUGGAGGAAAACGCCCACAGGUGUGACCACUGCCGAAGUGGAGACUUCAUCCCCUUCCACCACUUCACAGUGGACAUCCGGCUCAACACUUUGGACUUGGAUACCAUUAGGAAGAUGGCUAAAUCCCAUGGAUUUCGAACUGAAGAAGAGAUCACCUUUUCCAGAAUGGAGAUUUCUAAGAGAUCUGAAAUGUUUUCGGAAAAUCUCAGUUCGGAAGAAAUAAGAGAAAAGAUCUUGAGAUUCCUUGACGUCAUUAUAACAAAAAUGAGGACACCUGAGGAGGACAUCAUCCCGCUGGAAUCUUGCCAGUGUGAGGAGAUCCUGGAGCUUGUGAUCAUGCCUCUGGCUCACCACUUUCUGGCUCUGGGGGAAAACAAUAAAGCCUUAUAUUACUUCCUGGAAAUUUCAUCUGCCUAUCUCAUCUUGGGUGAUAAUUAUAUGGCUUACAUAUAUUUGAAUGAGGGAGAGAGGUUGCUGAAAACCCUCAGGAAGGAGAAAUCUUGGAGUAAGACUUUUGAGUCGGCUGCAUUUUAUACCCUCAAAGGUCAGGUCUGUUUCAACAUGGGCCAGAUGGUGAUUGCCAAGAAAAUGCUGAGGAAGGCCUUGAAGCUCCUCAAUCGAGUCUUUCCUUGCAACUUAAUCUCCUUGUUUCUCCAGACCCAUGUUGAGAAAAACAGAAACUUUUAUUAUGUGAAUCAGAAUCAGCAGGCCCAGGAGAGCUCACCUCCAGGGAAGAAGAGGCUAGCACAACUUUACCAGCAAACUACCUGCUUCUCCUUGCUGUGGCAGAUCUGUAGCUUAAAUUAUUUUUUUCACUACAAGUAUUAUAGCCACCUGGCAGCUAUGAUGCAAGUAAAUACUGCAAUGGAAACUCAGGAUGAUUUCCAGAUCGUUAAGGCCUACCUGGACUAUUCACUGUACCACCAUCUGGCCGGCUACCAGGGCGCGUGGUUCAAAUACGAGGUCAUGGCCAUGGAGAAGAUUUUCAACCUCCCCCUGAAACUCGAGAGUAUUGAGAUCACGACCUACGUGGCAGAUAAGCUUGGCUAUAUCAAGCUGCUAAUGGGUCACUUGGACUUGGCCAUUGACUUAGGCUCGCGAGCCCACAAGAUGUGGUCAUUGCUUCGGAAUCCCAACAAACACUGUCUGGUCCUCUGCUGGCUCUGUAAAUCCCUCUUCUUGAAAAGCAGACACAAGCAAUUGAUCCAGGUGCUGGGGUGGCUGUGGGAUCUCUCCAUAGCAGAAGAGCACAUCUUCAGCAAGGCAUUUUUCUAUUUUAUCUGCCUGGACAUCAUGCUUUAUUCUGGCUUUGUUUAUAGGUCAUUUGAUGAAUGUUUGGAUUUCAUAUACCAAAAUGAAGACAACAAAAUCCUCAAGUUCCAAAGUGGAAUGCUCCUGGGACUUUACUCGUGUACAGCCAUCUGGUAUGCCAGACUUCAGGAGUGGGACACCUUUCACAUAUUUUGCAAUAAAGCCAAAAACCUGAUGUCAAGAAGAACCCCGACAGCUCUUUACUACAUAGGCAUGAGUAGGUACAUGGAAGGGCAGGUUCUCUACCUUCAAAAGCAAAUUGAAGAACAAUCAGAGACGGCUCAGGACAGUGGAGUCGAGCUCCUCAAGAACCUGGAGAGUUUGAUCGCUCAAAAUACCACUGGGCCUGUCUUCUACCCAAGGCUCUACCACCUGAUGGCCUAUGUCUGUAUACUAAUGGGAGAUGGGCAGAACUGCGACCUCUUCCUGAACACAGCCUUACAGCUCUGUGAGACACAAGGAAAUGUGCUGGAGAAAUGCUGGCUGAAUAUGAGCAAAGAAUGGUGGUACUCAAGCUCUGAGUUUACAGAAGACCAAUGGCUUCAAACAAUCCUGAAUCUCCCAUCAUGGGAAAAGGUUGUAUCAGGCAAGGUAAACAUGCAGGAUGUUCAAAGAAACAAAUUCCUGAUGAGAGUUAAUAUCCUGGACAAUCCUUUCUAACAUUUCCUGAAAGACAACGAAUAUUUUAGUAAUGCUCACUCUUUUGUGAUUAUCCGUUAUUAGCCUUUCUCUUCUGCCAUCACCCUCCAGCUUCCUACACACUCCCUUCUGUUGCAGACAUGGAAUAAGA